AUGGCUGAGGCGAAGGGGGCGGCUGCGCCGCUGCUGGCGCGGGAGGAUGGGAGGCGGCGUGGAGGCGGGGGAGGAGCAACCUGGGCGCAGACGCUGGGCAACGUGGUGGUGUCCAUUGUGGGCACGGGGGUGCUCGGCCUGCCCUACGCCUUCCGAGCCGCCGGCUGGGUCGCCGGAUCCCUCGGCGUCGCCGCCGCCGGAUUCGCCACGCUCUACUGCAUGCUCCUCCUCGUGGACUGUAAAGAUAAAUUGCAAGAGGAAGAAACUGAUGAACCCCAGAAUUAUACAUAUGGAGAUUUUGGUGAGAAGUGCUUUGGGACUAUAGGUCGGUGCUUGACGGAAAUUCUCAUUCUUAUCUCACAAGCGGGUGGUUCUGUAGCUUACCUAGUAUUCAUUGGUGAAAAUCUGCAUUCUGUGUUUAGCCAGUCGAUGUCAUCAGCUGGCUUCAUCUUUGCCGUCCUCUUGCCUGUGCAAAUCACGUUGUCCUUCAUUCUUUCACUAUCCUCUCUUUCACCAUUCAGUAUAUUUGCUGAUGUGUGCAAUGUCCUAGCGGUGGCAAUGGUUAUCAGAAAAGAUCUUCAACUAAUUGAUCAUCCUUUUGCAAAUAGAAGUGCUUUUAAUGGAGUUUUGGCGAUACCUUUCGCUUUUGGAGUCGCGGUCUUCUGCUUUGAAGGAUUCAGCAUGACAUUGGCACUAGAAUCAUCAAUGGCAGAACGUAGAAAGUUCCGUUGGGUACUUUCUCAAGCAGUUGUCGGCAUCAUAGUUGUGUAUGCAUGUUUUGGAGUAUGUGGGUACAUGGCCUAUGGUGAGGCUACCAAGGACAUCAUAACACUUAAUCUUCCCAAUACUUGGUCAUCUGCUGCUGUUAAGGUUGUCCUAUGCAUUGCACUAGCAUUCACAUUCCCAGUUAUGAUGCACCCGAUCCACGAGAUUGUGGAGGCAAGGCUCAGAUCAAGUGGAUGCUUCCAGAAGCUCUCCCACAGUGUUCCUUGUGCCGAAUGGCUAGGCCUGCACUCGAGCCGCAUCAUCAUGGUGACUAUUUUAACUGUGAUGGCAUCCUUCAUACCUGCAUUUGGGUCCUUCGUCUCCUUUGUUGGGUGCACAGUCUGUGCGCUGCUCUCCUUUGUGCUACCUACCUUCUUCCACCUCAACAUCGUAGGAUCGUCAAUGAGCAUAUGGAGAAGAGUGCUGGACUACGGCUUCCUUCUCUUUGGCCUUGGUUUUGCUGGUUAUGGAAUAUUCACUGCUCUCUCGUCACACUGA